AUGGCUCCCAUCAAGGUUGGCAUCAACGGAUUCGGCCGCAUUGGCCGUAUCGUCUUCCGCAACGCCGUCGAGCACCCCGAGAUCGAGAUCGUUGCCGUCAACGACCCCUUCAUCGAGACCAAAUACGCUGCGUACAUGCUCAAGUAUGACUCCUCCCACGGUGUCUUCAAGGGCGACGUCUCCGUCGACGGCCAGGACCUCAGCGUCAACGGCAAGAAGGUCAAGUUCUACACUGAGCGCGACCCCGCCAACAUCCCCUGGAAGGAGACUGGUGCCGAGUACAUCGUCGAGUCCACCGGUGUCUUCACCACCACCGACAAGGCCAAGGCUCACCUGAACGGCGGCGCCAAGAAGGUCAUCAUCUCCGCUCCCUCUGCCGACGCUCCCAUGUACGUCAUGGGCGUCAACGAGAAGACCUACGACGGCAAGGCCGAUGUCAUCUCCAACGCCUCUUGCACUACCAACUGCCUGGCUCCCCUCGCCAAGGUCAUCCACGACAAGUUCACCAUCGUCGAGGGUCUCAUGACCACCGUCCACUCCUACACUGCCACCCAGAAGACCGUCGACGGCCCCUCGGCCAAGGACUGGCGCGGUGGCCGUGGCGCUGCCCAGAACAUCAUCCCCAGCAGCACCGGUGCCGCCAAGGCUGUCGGCAAGGUCAUCCCCGACCUCAACGGCAAGCUCACCGGCAUGUCCAUGCGUGUCCCCACCGCCAACGUCUCCGUUGUCGACCUGACUGCCCGCAUCCAGAAGGGCGCCUCGUACGACCAGAUCAAGGAGGCCAUCAAGGAGGCCGCCAACGGCCCCCUCAAGGGCAUCCUCGCCUACACCGAGGACGACGUCGUCUCCAGCGACAUGAACGGCAACACCGCCUCUUCCAUCUUCGAUGCCAAGGCCGGUAUCUCCCUGAACGACAACUUCGUCAAGCUCGUCUCCUGGUACGACAACGAGUGGGGCUACUCCCGCCGUGUCCUCGACCUCCUGGCCUACGUCGCCAAGGUCGAUGCCAGCAAGUAA